UAUCUGGUGUACGCCCUCGAACGAUGACGUACAAAUUGAAGUUGGCGUUGAUAAGCAGAGUUGCAGAGUACAGUGGUGUCACAGAAUGAGUCAUAGGCUACCUGAGUGCGGCAGUCGGGAAUAGAAAACAGGACAGUAGUUGCUCUACAGAAGAAAAAAAAUAAUUAGCCUAACUUUUAUCAAACAACACGACGUUGAAUUCGUUCCGGUGACUCAUCCUUGUAGCCACAACUCACACACCACGCGAAGCUCGGACUGGCUGCGGAAAGUAGGUGCCUCGAUGACUUUUGUUCCUCAAGUUUGGUUCAGCACCUGAGAGAACAGUUUAUACAACUAGACAACACUACACCGAAAGAAACAUUUAGUUUCACCGCAGAGGAUUUAUAUUUUGUGUUUUUAAGAGCGAGGACCUGAUUUGCGAACCUGAUGUAAACGAUUAGGCCUCUGUUCAAUACCGUAGAAGCACUAAAAGGAUUGAUAUAACGUUUUCAGAAUUUUAGGUAGACUGUUCUGAAUGUAGACUACAUCUACAUUUACAUUUAACUUUAUAACACUUCUUAGCUGGUUAAGGGAUUUCGUUGUCGGUGAAGGGCUGUUCUCUACGCGAAGACGAUUUUGAGAAGCCUAUACACCGGAGUUCGUAAUCAUCUGAAAUCUUCCCUCUCUCCUGGAACAUGUACCAGGACUACUCCGGGAACUACGACACAUCCUCCCGCAGCAGCGCGUCUCCGGCACAGCCAGAGUUCUUCACAAGUGGCAGCAGUAUUGGCAGUCCAAUUUCUACCUCAAGCUAUCAGAAGUACCGGGUCGACAUGCCUGGCUCCAGUAGUGCCUUUAUUCCCACUAUUAAUGCCAUUACCACCAGCCAGGAUCUGCAGUGGAUGGUUCAACCCACAGUCAUCACGUCAAUGUCCAACCCAUACACACGCUCACACCCCUAUGGGCUCCCUGUGUCCAGUGGUCCUGCCAUGCUGGGGCACACGGCUCUGUCCCGACCAGGGGUGAUCCGCUCCAUUGGGGAUGCUCGUGGUCGACGCAAGAGAGAUGAGCAACUGACUCCUGAGGAGGAGGAGAAGAGGAGAGUGAGAAGAGAGAGGAACAAACUUGCAGCAGCCAAAUGCCGCAAUCGGAGGAGAGAGCUCACUGAGAUGCUUCAAGGAGAGACGGAGAAGCUGGAAGAGGAGAAAGCAGACCUGCAGAAGGAGAUUGAGACCCUUCAGAAAGAGAAGGACAAGCUGGAGUUCAUGCUAGUCGCUCACCAUCCUGUGUGCAAACUCCCCCCCGAGGAGCGGCGGCAGGCUGAUCACCAGUGCACACCACUGCCACUGACCAUGCGGGCCAUGGGCCAGCGCUGCCACAUCAACCAUCUUAACCCAGUUGUGGUGAAGCAGGAGCCUUUGGAGGAUGAGGAAGAUGAUGAUGACGACGAUGAUGAUGAUGAGGAGGAGGAGGAGGUCGGCAGGGUCCAUUCCUCUGUCAUCAAACCCAUCAGCAUGGGAGGGGGUGUCUUCUGCUCAGAUGUUGAGAGCCUCAAUACGCCAGUGGUGGCCGCCUCCACUCCCUUGUGCACCCCCAGUGUGCCCAGCCUCAUCUUCACCUACCCCAGCAUGCUGGAGCCUGAGAGUCCCUCUCCAUCAUCUGAGUCCUGCUCCAAGGCACACCGCCGCAGCAGUAGCAGCGGGGGCGACCAGUCCUCAGAUUCACUCAACUCUCCCACCCUCCUGGCUCUCUAAAAGAGCGCUGAUGCCCAAGCCCCCCGUGAGACCCCCUUCCCCUCCCCCCCCUCCCCCCCCUCCCCAGCCCUGUGGGCUCAUCCCAGAGGCCUUGGCCUUCUUGUGACAGGAAGAACCCUCAAGGGCUAAAUCACUUUGCUGUAAUUAUUAUUUUUUUUUUUUCACAAAUAUAUGAUUUCCCCCAAAGUUUGUAUGGUUGUCUCUACACCAUAUACAGUUUCAAUCAUUCACCCUUUCAUCUCAGAGUACUUGAUAGACUGUCCGAGACAGAUAUUCAGAGGCAAUCUCAUGGAAGAGCAACAAGGAAACAUGGCCAUCUGAAGUCCAAAUAUUUUAUUAUCAGCCUCAACAGAAGAAAUUGAGGAUUGGCACUCUGAGAUUCUUUUGAAUGAAGAGUGCAUUACAAAUAAAAUAAAUGAUUAUUAUUAUUAUUAUAGGAUGUAGUGUUGAAUUCUAUCAAAAUCUUUGCGCAAAGGGGUCAUCUCAUCUUGCCACUGGUAUGCAUGGAUGGAUGGAAAAUGGACACAAAAUAGAUUGAAUUCAACAACCUCAGAACUGGGGACACUACAGAGAGAGAGAAAGAUAUCCUUCUGCGUGUCCUUCUACAUUCCAUCAUAUAUAUUAUCUGUGUUGAUAUUUCCAGGUUCUCUGCUGUGACACCCUGUCCUGAUGUUCUCUUGUGUCAUAGACCUGGCUUUUCUUAUUGGUAUGAAUGAGCCAUGAGUGAAUGGAACUCCACAGGAUUGGUCCACCACACCAUUCAGUGUCUCAAAGAAAAAGACACUCUACCCAACCCUACACGUACCACACUGUACUUUGACAGGGUAAAAGGCAUAGACAAAUACUUUUGCAUCAAUUUUCUAUCUUUGAUAAAGAAUAAUAAAAAAAAAUGACGUCAGGGAUUUUUCAUUUCUGUGAGUGGACCUGCACAUACACAAGCAUUACCAAGAGCAGUUGCACACAGUCAUGUCAGAUUGAGUCUAGAUGCUCAGCUAUAACAGGUCAAACCUAAUACCCUUUACAACGUGGCAAUAUGACCUUUUCUUUGAGAGACACUGUGGUGUAAAAUAGGAACUACAUAUUUUGUAAAUGUUGUUUUGUAUAUGUAUAUGCAGAUAAGUUGACCAUCUCAGACAUAGAUGGGAACCUCUUACUGAACCUACUGAACUGAGUGGAUUUGCACUUUUGACCUGUACAUUGUACUGAUGGAAGCCAUUUGAAAUUUGACUCCUCAUUUGCUGGGACAGAUCUAAUUCUAAUACACUGUGUGCCACUGAGGAAACACACAAAUGUUCUUCUCAUUUUGUGGAAAGGAAUUCAUUGAAAUGCAUAUCAGACAAUUCAAACUUUUGUAAGAAUUGAGUGUUUACUUUAACAUUCCGAAGGAACCCAACGAAGAAGGUACAGAAAAAGAGAUAUUUUUGUGGUGGUCAUUGACUGAAUACAUCCUAAUGAACUUGUUGUGCUGGGUGCAGCAAUGGACAAUUUGAGCAAAAUAGAAAAAACACAAACAUCCAUACUGACUAUGUUUUUGUUGACUCUUCUUUAAAGAGUUUGACUCUUUUUGUGUAGUGUGAAAAUCCAUGGAUGGUUCUAUGAAAAUUCAAUAGUAGUAUGCCGUUACAUUACGUUUUUGAACUUGUGUGGACUGUGGAGAAGAGAACUCAUAAAUGAAUACCAAAAAAGUCUUUGGAGAGUGUGUGGUAUACUUUCUCGUUUUGUUUAUCUUUGAAUAUGUAGAGACGUGGAUAAGCCAUGAAGUGUAAAACCUUUGUACAUGCCCUGCUUGAAGUAUUUAGCUUUUUCAAAUGCUUUAUAAGGAAAAAGUCUUUGUAAUGAAAACAUCAAAAACAGCAAUAUGUAUGGCAGUAUUUGUUAAUUUCAUUAUUUCAAAUUUAUGAUGGUAAUGAAAUGGUUUUCUCAGUAGUAUGUUUUAAUGUGAGUGUAUUGAUAGACAAUGCAUUUCCCAAUGAAAUGUUUGUUGUGUCUCUUCCUGCAAUUUUGUCUUUGCCUCUCUUAACCACUGGAUACUACAGUCUAUGACUCAUGAUCUGAUGAAAUAUCUUUGAAGUUAUCUUUAAGACAACAAAGAGAACCAAAGUCACAAAGUUAUAUAUCUGUAAAAAUCCUGGUCAUUUUAAAUGUAAAUGACUACAGACAUGCAACUUUAUAGAAACAACAGAUGUGGCAUCCAGUCUUGGUUUCACAUAUUUGAUCUUUAUCUAUCCUUCUGGUACACUGGACGUGUAUCAUUUCAGAACUCUGUCAUAAAUGAAGUGGUUACCACUUUCAGUGCUAUGCCUUUAAAUGAAUGAAGACAGCCAUCCUCCUCCCGAGAGUCCCGUGGAGGCACGUUCUCCACAUACUGCACUGUAAAGUUGCUCCAGGACAAGAGACUAUUGACAUGAAGAGAUAUGUUUUUAAAGUUCCAGACGCCGCUAAUGGCUGUCCACGGAACCCUCGUCUCUGAUAUGUCUGGAGUUAAGGGCAGGGUGCACUCAGUUUUGACUCUCUUAACAAGGACAGGCAUUGUUGAGCAGUGGUCUAGCCUAGAAGUCUUUGUACUGAAUAUGCGUGUGUUUCCUGCUGAACUGUGUGGUGUUUGAUUACAGUGUUGACAUGUUCAUUAAUCAGUGAAUCCACACCCUUUAAAUUGUUUUGAGAGCUGUAAAUCUAAUUCAUUUGUCUAUUGUUGUAUUCUUUGUUUUUCAAUAAAUUACUUUGAUGUCAAA